AUGGCCUCAACCGGUGACCCGAUCGGCAAGUUCCAAUCGGCUCUGAUCCAAGUGAUCCUCACCGGAACCACCGAUCCGCAAGACGUCUCCCUCCACGGAAUUCCUCGAAUUCUCUUCGACGCCGUCUCCGAAUCUCUGCUGCACCUUCUCGAGUGGAGGAUCCGCGCGACGUCGCCCAAAAAAGAGGUGCAUCGGAGCAUUUUGAAGUGGAUCAGGAAGAGAUUGUUGGCGGUUUUGGAGCGGAAUUCGGAUGGCCAAGGGACCGAGUUUAGCAGAAAUGACGUGGAAGUGGAGAUGAUCCGGCUCUUCGAAUAUCUGGGAACUCUCACGUUCUCCAGAAUUUUGUUUGAGAAUCAAGGUAAGCGAUCUCGUAGAAACAUCAAAAAGUUGUCAAUUGGGAAAAUGUACAAAAUGCCGUAUCAGUUGACAACUUUUUGAUAUCUCUACUCGCAACGCACGGUCUCCAAAGCUGACAAUUGGUGCAAGUGCGCCCCGCCGAAUAGAGCGAUACAUUGGCGCGAAAUUCAAAUUUUAACAGCCAAAUUUGUGUUUUUUUGCGAGAUUAGCCACGAAAAAUCGAUAAUUUCACAUUUGUCUCUCGAUAUACCGAUUGUAUAGGCUAUUACAAAUUUUUAAAGCGCAAGAGCGUCAAAUUUGGUCAAAUCGCAAAUCACAUUUAUCCAUUUGAAGGUUUUUCGCUAAAACUGCGUGAAUUUCAGUUGCUUUUCGGUAAUUUUCGCGGUUCGAGCGCUCAAAAUGCUUGUAUUUACGUGAUUUAUCAUUCUCAAAACCAAUUCUGUCGGAAAACGGUCAAGAAAGCGCAACAUGCGCGAAAAAUGCGCCAAAACGUCAUAAAUUCUGAGAAUUAGUGUGUUUUCAUGUCGAUUAAUCAUUUUUCAUCGCCUUUGACCACAAAAAUCAAAGAAAACCUGCUCAAUUCAUGAAAAUGUCCAUAUUGUCAACCUCUGCAAUUUUUUUUAGAGGUUCGCCGAGUUGUAAUUAACGGUAUCCUUUCAGAAAAUCGCGAAGCCGCCCACGCAUUCGUCGCCUCCGAACAGAGCCACAACUCGAGCAGUUCCAUGCUCAAUAAAACCGAUGACGAUGGGAGCUACGUGAUUUUGCAAAAUCUCAGUGCGAAUCAAGACGCGGAUACUAGUUUUCUUGUCUUUAAUUCGUUAGAAACGGCCUAAUUGCAAUGUUGUACAUAUGUUGCCAUUUACGGGUGUUUCCCAAACAUUUGUGCGUUUGAACGAAACUGACUCUGAUCUUUACUGAUUUCGAAAUCAAAAUCAAAAUCAAACGAAUUGGUCACCGAACACAAUCUUAUCAGUGUAUAUUAUUUAUAAUCAUAAACAACACCCAAAGUGUACUAGUUUGUCGUGUCAUGUGUCCCGUUAUCAAGAAUCGGAGCCGAUAGUUUGUAGUUGUUGCUCUCUCUCUCUCUCACAGAGAACAGGUGAUUUUCAUGUGUACCUGGUACGGUGUCGCGCUUGACACUGUCACUUUUUGAUAAGAAGGAAUGGAAGCGAAAGUGCUUUUGCCACGUCAUUUUCGGCGUUUUUCGAAUCGAAUCGAAUUGGCCAACUGAACUUUGGUGGGGUGAGAAGCAGAGUUGAGCGGAAGAAUUUUUUAAUCUUUUUUAGAAAAUUUUUUCAUGGAAUGUGAUCAACUGACGAAAUGUAUAGCAAACUGAACUCUACUCAUAGAAAAAUAAUUGCAAAUUUAGCUUUUCAUACAAAAAAGUUAUUCGAGUUGUUGCGUGAAAAUGUCCUUCCGUCUUCGGUUAGCCCUUAACUUUUUUGUAUGAAAAGCUAAAUUUACAAUUAUUUUUUUAUGAGCAGGAUUCACUUUGCUAUACAUUUCGUCAGUUGAUCACAUUCCAUGAAAAAAUUUUCUAAAAAAGAUAAAAAUUCUUCCGUUGAGUUCUUCCGCUCAACGCUGGUGAGAAGGAGACCGAAGAAGGCUGCGGGCCUAUUCAGAUUCAAUAAAGUUUCGGGCCUUGAUUUUCGAGCUCAUAUUUUCAUCUUUUUCUGGUCCAAACUCAUUUCCUAUCGAAAAAAAAGGUGCAUGUCAAAUAUUUAUUUUCCAUUACCUGCUCGGCUAACCGCAAUUUCUUCAAUUUCAAGCUCUCAAUUUCACUGGCUCCACACUUCCUCUUCCGCCGUGUUCCCUUGAGGCCCAGAGACGAAACCGCCCAAAAACCAAUGAUGCUUUUAGUGUGCUCUUUUUUUUCCGAGAAACUCUGCCAAAAUGCGUGAGACGGAGCCAGUGUGUGUUGUUUUUACUUGGAACAACACCGUCGUCAUUCAAAAAAAAACACGAAUCCCUCUGUGCACAUUUGCACUGCUUACGGUCGCCAGAGCUGACAAUAUGGGCGCGUGGCCUCGGCGGCCAAAUGGCGUUUUCAUGAAUUGAUCACGUUUUCUCUGAUUUUUGUGGUCAACGGCGAUGAAAAAUGAUUGUUCGACAAGAAAACACACUAAUUCUCAGAAUUAAUGACGUUUUGGCGCAUUUUUCGCGGAUUUCGCUUUUUCGCCUUCUCAUUUUGCGCUUUCUUGACCGUUUUCCGACAGAAUUAGUUUUAAGAAUGAUAAAUCACGUAAAUACAAGCAUUUUGAGCGCUCGAACCGCGAAAAUUACCGAAAAGCAACUGAAAUUCACGCAGUUUUAGCCAAAAACCUUCAAACGGAUAAAUUUGAUUUGCGACUUGACCAAAUUUAACGCUCUAGCGCUUAAAAAAUUCGUAAUAGCCUAUACAAUCGGUCUAUCGAGAGAAAAAUCAGAAAUUAUCGAUUUUUUGUGGCUAAUUUGGCAAAAAACACAAAUUUUGCUGUUAAAAUUUGAAUUUCGCGCCAAUGUAUCGCUCUAUUAGGCGGGGCGCACUUGCUCUGCCCGGCCGAUGAUAACAUUAUAUUGAUAGGAGUACGUGCACAGACGUAGUCAGACAUUGGCUUUCGACGAAAUGGCUCUGCGAGCACCGAGCACAGUGCUCUAGGCUCCGCCCGCUCUUCCUUAUCACUAUUGUUGUGUGUCGGGCAGUCAGUCAGUCAGUCGUGCACUCGAUCGCCCAAAGUUGGCCUCUUCUCGAGCCUGCCAAAAACGAUCAAUCGAUGCAUGCACACACUGGCACUUUAUUUGCCCCUUUUAAAACUCGUCGAAAAACCCAACCAACUUAUUUCAGCGACUCCACACACACUUCUCACCGCCCUCUCACACGCCUCUCCGAGCACUUUUUUGCUCCACUUUUUGAGACUUGUGGGUGCUGUGAGCCGUUCCCCCGGAGCGCCGCAGCUAACUCAGGUGAGUAUGCAUGCAUGCAUGCAAAAAAAAAAAUGGAUGGACGAGGAAAAGUUAGGCCACACUCUUCUCUUUUCAACUGUACGAUGCUGGCCCUAACCUUCUUCGCUUGCAAAAAAAACUAGGCCAUUAGUUCGCUCAAUUCUCUUUCCCCCCUCCUUUUUCUAAGAAAAAAGAAGAUAGAUUGCUCCGUCAAAAAAGCGUUGGCGCCAGACGGACGCCGAGCAUUUUGUGCAGCGGGGAAGUGACGUCAAGGAAGAAGAAAUUGGAGGACAAUUACAGUAGUCCUCAUCCAAACACAAACAAUUUCAGGGUCACCCUUACCCAGCCAAAAUCCGUACAGUGAGCGUGCCCCGUUCUCCCGACGAGUCGCCGCCACCGCGUCCACCUUCGGACACCUCUGUCGCCAGGUACGCACAGUAAGCCUAGAUAUCCGACGAACCGGAAAACGUUCAGAGACAACCCCGCCAGCGUAGCAUCGUGCCAGUUGGUCGCCAGCGACAAACGUGCUCGAUUCCGCUGA